UUCACAGGUUAAAGGAGUCUGACCUGCUCUGACUCGGUCCUGAGCCAUCUGGUGAUGUGACAGCGUCCAGGACUCUGUGAUGGAGCUCCAGGAGUUGGGCUGGCUCUGCCUGUUGGCUCUCUUUUUGGCUUCCCUGCUUAUCGUCCUGACAUGGCUGUUUCAGUACUCGCACAGCUUUCUGCUGUUGUGGAGGACCAGGAAGACAUCCGAGUGGGAUGAGGGUGAUGCUGCCUGGCAGCAGCAGGUCCCCCUGACACAGUCCCACCAGAGCCAGGCUGGAGGUGUGUGGGGGUUCCUGCUGAAGCUCCGCUCAGGCAGGGAUGGAGGAGCUGCAUCUGAGGUUGGACUCAAGGGCUUGCUGCGUACUCUGUUCUCCUUCAGAUGCUUCAAGAAGCACUGGCAGAGAACCUGGAUCGAAGCUCUGAAUGAGCAGGCCUGCAGACACGGGAGCUCCAUCCAGAUCACUUUUGACAGCAGUCUCCAGUUAGCUGUUGCCACGGCAGUAGACAGUGUUAUCUGCACUGAACAAUUGUCACACCGCAUGGUUUUACACUGUAAAUGUUGGGUGGACACAGUGACAUUUCCUGUGAUGGUCACUCAGCAGUCAGCAGCUACCGUUUCCAUGGACACCUAUCAGGUCACUACAGCACCUAUGAUGGCAAAGAUGCUGGUGUGUUUGCAGGAGGUGGAGGAUGAGGGAUUGCUGAUGUCCUGGACCCUUUCCAAGCAGACAGAAUUUCCUCUGACGGUGUCUCCGUGCCGGCUGCAGAGACAGAGCACUGAAAGUGAGGCAGACCUGGAUGUGAUUAAGGGACUGAUAAAGGACACUCUGUUCAGAUCUCAACCAACUAUGGUCCUCAGUCUCAAGGCUUGUGCUUCCAGUCCUUUGAUUCACAUAGAUCAUCUGUCUGGGGAAUUGAACCCAGUGCCUGAGAGUGUCGUGAUACGUCAGCUGCUGCUUCGGCAGCUCAGAGCGACUGUCAGUAAAGGUCAGUUGUCUCCAACAGGGGAGCUGUGCUGUGUCCUGAAUUUGGACCAACCCAUCAUAGAAAGCAUGACGCGCUUCAUGUCUGUGCCCGACAACCCCUGUCUGUCACUGGAGUGGAAUGAAGACGUUAAUCUGGAUGUGAGCCCAGAAACCAAAGAGCUGAGAAUCAGACUUCUGGAGCGGAACGGCAAAAGAGAACAAUACCUGCCUGGCCAUGCCUCCAUAGCCUUGGACCCUCUGUACAGACUUCCUACUGGACAGCAUAUGCUGUCAAUAAGUCCCGGGCAUGGAUUGGCACCUACUGCUAACGUCACAGCAGAGCUCUUGUAUGUGGACACCGAGUUGCCUCGCAGAGGCCACGGUGAUGCACCUUGUUCAUCACUUACACCCACAAAGAAAGUUGAUGUGGAUCGAGCCAUCAUGCCAGACGGAACCAUUGUCACUACUGUCACAACUGUCCAGUCUCGGAUCAAAAUGGAACGUAGUCCAGGUGAUUCGCCCUUGUGUUCACCAUCCAAAGUGGAGGUGACUGAGAAAACACCCAGAAUCCUCUCUGAUAUCACAGGAAGCAGCAGUCCCAAUCCUUGCCAGGGUACAACAGGCCUCUCUAAUGGCUUGGACCCUGUUGCAGAGACGGCAAUCAGGCAACUGACGGAAUCCGCCCACAAAGUAGCACGGAAGACACCGACAAAGAGGAGUACGCUGAUUAUCUCAGGAGUGACAAAGGUUCCACUCUCUGAAAAUGACUGUGUGUUGUCGAGCGGCUAUGCUGCAGCUAUGGACGCCGCCAUGCACAGCAACCAUUAUGGAGCAGGACAUCACCAUGACCAGGAUGAGACUACGCCCUCAGACGUGUCGGAGCGUCCAUCUGUGGAUGAUGUGGAAUCGGACACUGGCUCCACCGGCGGCCUGGAAACCCGCAGCCUCAAGGACCAUAAAGUGGGCUUUCUGCAGAGUGGGACAAAGCUGCUGCUCCGCAGAAGACAUCGAGAGAAAGAGUCCUGCUUCAGCCAGUCCCAUGAGGACAUCUCCAGCAUGGGAAGUAACUUUGUUACUGCUACAAUGACCACCCGUAAAACGUCUGGUAGCUUCUCCCGGCGUCUCAUCAAACGCUUCUCCUUCCGUGCAUCAGGCAAAUCAAAAAAAGGCUCUGCUACCAAUGGAGGAGCCAGCUCACUAGAUAACUGACUGCCAUGUUUAGGGUAACACACAGGUAUGGUUGAUAGGGUUGUUGUCAUAAAAACUUUCAAAAGAUCCAGUACAUCGUCCAGAUAAUGGAUAAAACACCCUGGGUAGGUUUCGCUAGUGCACUUUGAAAAGAGGAUACUGCUGGGAGGGCUUUCCUAUGGAUUAGAAUUGCUGCCUCUUCAAGACAGACAUCAUGCUCGAACAAAUCACCGAUGUUUCAAAUCCAUUUGAGCGUCAUGGCUUUCACACAAAACUCCACUACUUAUUGGGUUGAGGGUAAUAAUUUUGAUAAAAUUCUCUACCCUGUUUGAGUAGGAGCUAUAGAUGGGGUGUGUAACCAACAGUGGAAAUCUGUUUAAAAUGUGUAAUAGUAAAAAAAGCUGGUUGUACCUUUGGUUGUAGGUUACAUAGCACAUAGAAAAUUUUGGGGGGUGUACACGAGUAAUUUGUUAUUAAAUAAGUGUGCUUUAUUUUGUUCAAAUAUGACAUAAUUAUUGAAUUACACUGUAAAAUAGUCAUUGCUGUGUUUUUCCAUGCAAGAGAUUUUUAACAACAUAGUUUUCGUUCCCUUACUUAAGCUAUCUUCCUCUAGUUGUAAUGUCUGUUGUAUUUGCUUAUACAUUGGUUAUAGAGUGUCUGAUGAUGUAUUUUGCAUAAAAAAGAAAUGGACUAUGAUUUAUUUUAUUAAGAUAUUAUUAAGGUAUUUUCAGUAAAUUGUUCAUUGUAAGGUUAGCUCUUAAAUAAAUUUAAUUUGCCUCAA